CCCUACAUAAGCCCCGCCGCUGCGCCGUGUCGCUCUCCACCAUCACAUCCCACCCACACAGCGCGACUCAGAGUUCCAGACCAACAGCUACAGGAGAGGAGAGCUCACAAGAUGGCGCACAUGCGCGUGGUGCACCGGGACGAGGAGGGCCACAAGGUGGCGGAGAAGGUGCCGGUGCCGGAGACGAGGCGCCCGGACACGGCCAGGCACGUGGAGCGCAAGCUGGAGGAGCAGGGGCUGCACCGGCUCGAGCGCCACCCGGCCAACGCGCCCCGGGGCGUCGGCAUCGGCGCGCCCCCGCCCAAGUCCGGCCGCGGCGGCAAGUACACCUGGGAGGGCCCCGAGGGGCUCGUCGACAGCGAGCUCGACCCCGCGCCCGCCGCCAUCGACCGCAACGACCCCAACUACGAGGAGGAGGAGGAAGGUGGGGCGCAGGACGAGGCGGUUGUCGGGGAGGUGGAGGUCGCCAAGGUGGCCCAGGCCCGGGCGGGCGUCGCCAGGGUCGAGGUCGCGCCGCCGCUCCUCCAGGAGCACGACCACCAGAAGUAGGAGCUGAUCGUGUGCGUGCGUGUGUGUCGUGUUGAUCUUCGUUUCGUCUGCGCUCUGCUUACCAAUACCAUGCAUGUGUGUAACAAAAGAUAAAUAAUAAUCAAGCGUGGAAGUGGAUCAGUUAACCUC